AAUUAUUCUGCUCUCGCUCUGCUGAAAAGUCUUAAUUUAAUUACAGUAUUGAAUACAACACCGAUAAUUACACAUCGAGGACUACUUUCAGUUCCAGCAGUUAUGCCUGAUCUAUCUUGGACAUAGACAAAAAGGGCGCUUGUUGUGGUUUUUAGGUCACGAGGAGGGAACCUCGGCGCCGGAGGAGAAGAUCUAGCAGUCUAGUCGCACCACCUCCGCUCCUAAGGUCUUCACUACGACUAAACCGGAAGCAUGUUCAACCAGAGGAGGUAGGAGACAGGAAAUUUCCCUGUGAUUUUUGCUGCGCACGUGGGCAGCCGCAGUGUGCUUUCUUCGGUCGCCUGGGCAGACGAGUGGUCGCAGCGCUGGUACGGUAGAGGAAAGGUGCCGCCGCGUGACUGUGAAUCUCAACAGGGUUUUUCAGUGCUCGAUAGGGUAGUCCAACAACCUCGUUGCGGGCCGGAGCUUAGUCGAAGCAGGAAAAAUCGGUUCCUCUGCGAGCUGACUACAUGGACGCAUCUCUGGAAAGUCUCUUCUCGCUCGUCGACAGUGGCGCGCCGCAGUCUGGCAUUGCUGGAGUCAAUGUACUUAUUUUUUGAACGAAACAAUCAAAAUUUUUUUAGACUGGGCUCGGACGUUUCACUUUUCGUUUUCUACGCCUUCGGUGAUGGAACUGUACGCAGGAUGAUCGGCUUUAGCACUUUUCCAACAGCAUGUACAAUCUGCAGCGUCAGAGUUGGUAGAGUUGUCUAGUUCUUCACAGAAGCCCUCGAUCCAUGCUGUCUGAGGAGAAGAUCUUUCAAAAUUAAUUUUGCGCGGUCUCGCAGCUCGAUAUUUUGAUUUAGCAGUCAAGAGCAUGAGCUGCUGGUGGUUCGUUGCGACGUGUCAGCGCCUCUCCUACAGACGAAGAUCUGCCGUGGCUUUACGUAUUUCCAAUUCAUCCAUUUCCAUCAUUUUUAACAUCCAACAUCUGGAGUUAAAACAAAGCUCAAGCUGCGCUGAUGCAUUUUUUUACUUUGACGUUUGCCUUGAGUUUCGUUUCCAAUUUGCAGUAGCCCUUUGCGAGUGCGUUAAUAGUAGACAAGAGUUUCCGAAGUCUUUGACUUCAUAUCGUUGUCUAGAAGUAUACGUUUAAGUAGUACUUAGAGUUUGAGUUUCAUGACACGAAAUUUUGGUUCUGCCUGUGCAUGUCUGUUUUUGGUCUGUGUCUUCACCAAUCAAAAUCUGUAUUUCAAAAACUUAUCGAAAGUUAUAGUUGUGAUUCGCCCACUUUCGCCGCACAUUUGGAUUUCGAAAGUUUGGCUUUGUUGCGCCGCAUUAUUUGAUGUGGGCCGAUGCGGUUUGUCUGUUUGAAGGGCAGCAUCUUCAUCAGACGGAGCAUGUCGCGCGUUAUACCCCAAGCAUCAGGGAAGAACUUGUUCUCAACGAGAGAACUACACAUCAUCAAGAAACUAGUUCAUCUUCGACCACGUCCGGUUUCUUUAUUGCCAAGAACGAACAUGAGCAAGCAGAAGAGCUUACAGCUCGUGAUUUUUUCCAUAGUACUGCUCUUCACAACAUACAGGGCCCAGCUACAAGCGCAACGAUCUCCGCAAAGCGACCACGUGAGCCAGAAGUUCUUAACGGCGCGGCCGCGCACCAGCAGGAUCCCAGCAGCGUCGGCCUGAAACGCUUCCACAGCGACGCAGCUGCCAGUGCGGCCGGCGCCGCGGCUUCGUCGCCAGAAGGAACUACGAGCGGGGAGGCAGCGAAGCUCGACGACUUGCUUGGGCUCUCCGGUGCCGGUGGCUCGAGCUCUUCAUCCAGUUUGUGCCCGACGCCCUUGCUACCAAUCCAACAUCAACCUGGAGGUGGCGCAGCUGGUUCAUCUUCCGGGGCCGCUGGAGGGACGGGGGCAAUAAACUACAACACGUCCUCCACCUCUCUGAACAAUUUGGUGCUCGGCCCGAUGGUAACUUCUGCCUCGGGAGGUGCGGCCGGCAAAGGUGCGUCUGCGUCCUCAGCUGCUCUGCAAUAUGGCGCGACCUGGAAUUUCUCUGGUGGCAACAGGCCAGCCAGCAGCAGCCACGCCAUAUGGCCGGAACAGCCAUCGCCCCCGGUCACCGCGAGCGCGCCAGGUACUUAGUAUUUGUAUCGGGAUAGGCUGAAGAUGAAGAGUUGUACAUGAUCAAAUUUGUCCUCCGUUGCUUCUCCGUUCGCACUUGUAUCUAAUUGCAUGCCACAACACAUUCAUCCUAAACAAGUGACACUUGCCUACCGUGGUUGUAAUCGAGUAAACCUUGUAGGUAUUCUUUCUACGAUGUACGUGUACCGUUCUACUUCUAAAUCUAAAGUAAAGUUAGUGGUACUUUGACUUUGAGUUCGACUUUCUACUCUUCCAGGUGGUACAAACACCGGUGGCGGGACGGGAACCAAUAAUCCGAGUCCGAAUACGCAGCUAGCACAAAUCUUCGCCGUUUUGAUAUGCACUGCAAAAGUAUCGUAUUAGUCUUUCAAUCACGUCCCGAUGACGAUGAAUGCUCUCAGGAACAUCGAAGUGUUGCUUCCCAUGCUGCGAGGUCGUAGGAGCAGAAAGAGAAGAUAUCUGUCGUGCAUGAUUGCAAUCGAUGAAGCGCGAAUACGAUGAACUUUUGCCUAUUGAAACAAAGGCGAAAAUAAGCCAAGCGGAACAGCCGGUGCCGGAGGGGGCGGUGGACAGUCCUCCGCGAGUAGUUCGCCCGGGUCGGUGCUAGACAACCUCCUGAACAGUGUGAAUGAAAACACCAAGCCUGCGGCCGCUGCUGGUACACUGAAUCUCGGCGGAUUGAACAUCAAAGAGCAGCCCGUGGUGGCACAACCAGGAGCUGCAGCGCAGCAACCCCCUGCGCCCGCUCCAAACCGGCGCGCAUAUCCGCAAAACACAAACAGCGGCGGGGGGUUGUUGACAAAUAAUCCGGGGGCGGGGGCAGCGCCGCCAAAUAAUCAUGCGGCGAUGAAUGGGAAUGCAAAUGCAAAUCCACUUGGGAAUCUACUAAAUCCCAAUCUAUGGACGACUGCGAACAACAACGGCGUUUCCAGUUCUUCAUCCGCAAAUAAUGUCCAAAAUGCAGAUCCCGAGGACCCGGUGCAAGCGUUCCUUCAGACCCUUUCGGAGACGCAGAGAAGCGUGAGUCAGCAGCAGAUAUUAGGCGGAGGCUCGUCCCUGUUGGCGAACGCUAAAGGCGGAGUAGGCGCUGGAGGCAUUCUCCCCACUUCGACAAACCCAGGAGCUGGAACAACAGCCGGCGUAAUUAACAUUCCAGGAGCCACUGCAACUGCGGGUGCCGCGCCAUCAUCAUCAUCAAGUGGUUCGAUCUUUUCCGAGCCCCUCCAGACGGCCGGUCCAGGGAACUCGCAAUUCCUUCGUCCCGCGGACCUCGAGCAGUUGUUUCGCAUUUUCGUGCAACGCCGUUGCGCGAAGGGUAAGGGUGCGGGGAAGCCGAGUUUACCCAAGUUGAAGCAGGAUUUUGUGCAGUUUGUGCACACGCUGAAGGGCAAGGCGGCAAGCAAGGGCAUGGCGUUUUCCUUCGCCGCACCCGGAAGUGUAGGGGGCACCGGUGGAGGUGGUGUAGCAUUCGCAGCUCCCGCCGGGAAUAUUAACGCAGCAGCGACCGGGUCCGGGAGUGCGGUAUAAUUUUCAAUUUUGAUUUGUGGUAUAGUUCUUUCUUUGUCAUGCGUUUUGGUCUUGCGUUUAUUUUUGCUUCGUGUUGUUCAUAAAAGUAGUUCUUCCCACCGAUCUUCGAGCGUCGGCCGCCGUGUCCGUGCUUGUUGUACUUACAUUCUCACAACUGAUGAUGCAAUUUGUCACAACAGAGUGGAAUUCAACACCAUCUCGGUCAUCUCCCUACUGGCGGAAUAAAGGGUGGACCGCAAGACGGCCUGCGCUCGGCGUCCAGUCUUUCGCGAGUAUUGUAGGAAUCAAUGGGAAAAGAUAAGCAGACGAUGCUCAACACAAGAAUGAAAAUAAAGUUCAACUCUUUACAUCAGAUUGCUUGAUGUGCUGCGUUACAAAUAAAAAAGUAAUUUAUUUAUGAAAAAAAAAAAUCCAGUUCUUCGUCCCUCCCGUCGUCGAUCAGGCCCAGAAAGACCUGCGCGAGAAGGAGCGGCUGGCGGAUCAGAAGCUCAAAGAGGUGGACGCAUUGCUCGCGGAAGUGAAGGCCCGCUCGGAGAAACUGGCAGAGCGCGAGCAGGCGGUGAAUAGUACUGGAGUUGUAUCUAGUACUUCGAGUAGCAGCAGUGGAGGGCCAGGCGGAGGUGGUGGUCCUACGGCUGUCAAAACCAGAGCAGACUUCGCGACUGAUGAAGGUACUUACUUUUCAUCUGAGUUGUGAUGUUGUUCACACGCAGGCUGAGUGUUGUUGUUUUCCUUUCAUUCGUUAACAGUAGGAGAAGAUAGAGAGUAAUCCAUGAUACACAAGGACACAUGUACAUCAUCAAACUACAGAAUAUGAAGCCUACAAAGCCGCGCCAAACAAGUAUUCUGCGAAAGACUGGGAGCAGUGGUGGUCGUGGGUGGCAGACGGCAACGCUCCAGCGCCCGGAGGUGUCAUGUCUUGAAUUUCAGCACGAAGAAACUGUUUUUCUUUUUGUAGCGGUUUGUCCGCCAGGAGGAGGUUUAUGGAAGUGUCAGAAUCGAAAUUGACAAAAUCGAAAUGAUUUGUCAUGCAUAGGAUGGUUUCCAGUUCGAACCCAGUUUCUAAGUGGCGCGUCACAAAUGCUGGCGGUGCCUAAAUCCAGUUUGUAAUGCUGUUUAGGCAAAGAAGACUGAUUCCCUCAUGCUGCUUUAGCAGCUCGAGCUAUAACCCCAAACAGGCUUACAAUCGGCCUCACUUGCCUGCUCUGCAACGAACGCAAUUCGCGUCAUGCAUUUCAUGCACCACAAAUUUUUCGAUUUUGUCAAUUUCGAUCCUGACAGUUCCAUAAGGUUCGCGCUCUUCGUAUUAAUGGAUCUAUAGUGAAGAUUUUUUCCGUGCUCGUACUGCAUCACAGUCCCACUUCAAAGCGUGUUCUUGAAGAUGAGAGUGACGUGUCAAUGAUAUGGUUGCGUGAAAGGAACACUUUCGGAUCUUCAACAGGUCCACCGCAGCCGAGUACAGCUACAGGCGGCACCGUCCAGCAGAGCGCCGCAAGCUCCUCGACCGCCGCGCCCCCGAAUCUUGCCGGCUUUCCGCACUUUCAGCCCCAGGCGUUUGGGGCGGCCACGAAGGGCAAUUUCCACCCUCAGCCCACCGGGAUGCUGCAGCAUCUGCAGGCCAGCAUGGGCGGCAAAUUCUUCGCCCCGGGGAAGUUUGGAAGCAAAGGCGGCAAAGCGGGUCCGGGAGGUGCCGCAACCGCUGGAGCCGCACAUCACAUGCAGCAGCAAUUCAACCCUGCUGCACUCCCGAACUUCGGCGGUGGUGGUCCAGGUGCGCCUCACAAGGGCGGUCUGGGCGGGGGCUACAACAACCAUCAUCUGAAGGGCGGCAUGAUUCCAGCUCCAGGCUUGAACGGCAUGGUACCUCCGAAAGGUGGGAAGAAUUCUCACGAUCACUUCACACCGAAUCAUCACAUGCAACAUCACGGGAAACCCGGAGGUCCACCCUACAAGGGAGCUGGUGCACCAGGGAUGUUGCCGCAGCACCAAGGCGGAGGUCCUCCGCCCGGGAUCAUGCCUCAUCUGAACGGAGCCGGUCCGCCGAGCGGUGGCAAACCCGGGGUAGGGGCUGCAACUAGCAACCCAACUGCUCAACAUCUGCCGUUCGGCCACCAGCCACACGGUAGUACUACCGGCGGCCCUGUGAUGAACCAACAACGAAACAAUACAGGAGGGUCUGGUGGUCCUGGCGCCGGUGUUGUAGCUGGUGCUCCUGGGAACAACAAUGCUAGCAAUAAUUCGAGUAGCACAACGACCGGAGCUGGUGCGCCUUCUUCUACAUCAAAUAACGCCAGCGCGACGACCACAACUACACCCAAGGGGUCGUUUUUGAACAGCAAGGGAUAUGCAGCGUUCAACCCAAGCCCGGCGGUGGUCAACGGUGUCGGUCCUCCGGUGCAUCAUAGCAACAUGCCGCUCGUCGGACCUCCAAUGAACGGUGCGAUGCCCAUCCAUCCGAUCGGGGCGGGACCACCUCCUGGCAUGGUCGGAGUCGGACCUCCCAACAUGAUACACCACCAGCAUCAACCGAUGAUGAAUGGCGUUGGCCCGCCGGGGACGAUGAAUGGCGUUGUGCUAGGAACUGGACCUCAUCAGCCUCCUCCCGUGCCUCCGGCCCCACCAGUACAUCAAGCGCCACCUCCUCCGGAGCCGAAAAACAGUUUUCCCCCGGACCAAAACCCGUUUCCGGAUCAGCAGCUGCUCCCCAGAAGCGACAGUGCCGCGAGCGAAAACAAAGAGAACAGCAGCCAGCAGAUUCUCCCCGCUAUCGCGACCGACAUGGCGGCAGGAGGCUCCACAGCGCUUAUCGCACAGAAAGAGGGAACUGGGGCAUCAUGUUUGUUGCAUCAUGCGAAAUAAAGAUGAACAAUAAGUUUUUAUAAUGCUGCAUCCAGGGUGGGUCUAUAACUAUAUCUUUUUCUUUCUGCAGGGAUCCAAAGUCCAAUAACACUCAAUCUACCUCCUGCAUGUUGCAGUGUUUUGAAUGUAGGCAACAUGAUCUAAGACAAGAACUUGAUGCUCUAGUACAACCUUUUUCCCGCACCAUACUCCUAUCUGUGUUAAAAAGCGUUCAUGGAAACAGUAACAGCACUGCUAACGUUCUCCCUGCGGCUGCGAACCAUGUGAAAGACUCGGGGAUCGCGAUUGACGUGCGGAAGCCGCUGAGUAUCAAUCUAAGAACGAACGUUUGCGCCCCCGCGGCUGGAGAGAACAAGGAAAACGCUGAUCCUGUUGGUGUUCUUGACAAGGAGAAUCAACAACCCGGGAUCGUCGAUGCUCAAGCUGGUGCGGAGACUAAGCCUGAUACAACUGCCGGAAAAUCAGCAGAGCAACUGGCGCAGGAAGAACAGGAGCGGAAAUUUCAAGAAAUUUUGGUUGGCACAUAAGAUCAAACUGUUAUUGACUUAUUACCUACUUCAUCAAAACUGCAGGAGCUGAAGCGAGCAUGCAAUAACUCCAGGAAUAAUAAAACACCACCAGACAAUUGACUCGUCUGUCGGAAGUAAUCACACCAAUUUGCAAAACUUAUUUUUAAGGUCUCGGAUGAACUUAUUUUCAUUUUUCACGGUUGUAAGCUUAAGCUUUAAGCUUAUCCAAUUCGACACGACUAUGGUUUUCAGAUAACUCCUCGUCAAAUACAACUAUAAAAACGAACGAAAAUAGAUCCCCUCGCUCGAGAGAGAACUACCUCUAUGCACCUGUACACAAGAAAAAUCCAUACAAUGCAGCUCGAGCGGAGGGACUCUGUAGAGUAGUGACUGAAAAUAUUAAAUGGACUCAGUCAUUUUUUCACGUGAUUCCUCCCCUCCUAGAGUCAAUCAAACAACUUUCGUCCUCGUCGGCUAGCAGCUUCGACAGUCGUUGCUCUUGCUUUCCGCCAACCACAAUUCGAAUAUAUCCGUUUUAAAGUCUAGUACUCAUAGAGUCCUCGAGGUGGAGACCAACAGUUGCAGUUCCGUACUGCAAGAGCUGCAGAAGACUUUUUUAUUGCUGGAUGAAAUUUGACGUCAACGUGCUGAAUGAACGAAUUUUUUCCCAAGAAAAUUUUUUACUUGCGCCUGAACUUAAUCCCGGGGCGUUCUUCUUGUGCCUAAUUCCUAGUGCCUGUAGACAAUGAGCAAUCUUCCAAUUGCUCAGCAGGCAACAAAAAUGUAUCGUAAAAAAUGAAUACGUUUUUUGAUAGUUUGCAACUCUUGUAUUUUUUCGUCUUCCUCGUCGGUGGCGUGGGGUGGAAAACGAGAAAUGAAAUGUAGCCUAGCUUCUGCAAAACCAAAAUUUAUAGAAUUACCAGCUUGUAGUUCGUCAUCCGCAGCUUCGUGCGUUGCUAGCGGAACAACAGUCACAGGGGACUUCUGCAGCGGAAAAAUCAUGAACAAGUCUUCAUCAAUGACCACGGCUUCUAGUGUCUAGCGCAAGACGAGGACUUUCAACGAAGAAGAAGCCAGCUACGAAUAUUUCGAUUUCCUCUUCCAUGUUGACCGGGGCGGUUCAUUCUUGAUGCCCUCGCACCGCGAAAUAAAAUCUCACUUGCCUACAACGCCCUGCUGGUACGUAUGUGGAAUAGAUGACAAUAGCGUAUGUAUAGCUAUAGGGCGGGCGGACCACCGGAGGUACGCGGGAUGGUAGUAGAAUGCGAUGCAGGUUUUAGGCGUAAGGAUUUCUACACUUCUGAACAAGGACAAAAUUUCUGCCCCACUUGGAGCGCAGGUCUGGCGGGAACAAGAUAAAUCAUUGAUGACGAUGUGUAUGUGUAGGUCGAUAGAAGCACCACCUCCUAGAGGGGGACAACAUGAUCGUGUUGGAAAUAGUGUGAAGUUACAACGUAGCAGAACAGUAAGUAAGAAAUGGUAUAAUAAUAAUUAUGAACAAGUACCGUAGGUAUUGAUCAAGUUAAACAACAAGCAUACCCAUACGGCCAAUGCAGCUGACAGCGAAAGGGUCGGUGCAGCUUUCAAAACUGUCACAAGCAACUCCGACAAGCGAAUUUCACCACACCAAAGAACAAGGCGCUGGGUACGAGCGUGCUGAUGUGUAAUGAGAAUGAAGAACGUGCCAAAACCAAAAGUUAUCCACUGCAGCAGUCACGAAGAAAUCAUGAUCUGUAAAGUCACAAGAGAACUACAAUCUUGAAAAAGAUAAGGAAGGCGAGGCCCUGUUUUUUGUUGGAACUU